CAUCUAAACACCUGUUACGGGAAAUAAAAUCAAGCAUUCGUUCAUACAGCUGCAAAUAAUAAUAAGGUUUCAAUAAGAAAGAUAGUUGGAGUUGAAAAUGAAGAACGAAGUUAUUGUUCUGAUGCUUAUCUGUGGAUUGUGUAAGAGCCAGUAUUUAGCUCCUGGAAACUGUCCGCGACCAGAAGUCGUGAAAAACCUCGAUCUGAACAAGUUUCUAGGGAAAUGGUAUGAAGUACAAAAAACGUACACAUUUUUUGAACGAAAUCUAAGAUGUGUAAAUGCCGAGUAUGACAAUGUGGGAAAUGGAAAGAUUAUCCUGACAAGGAUUGGCAUGGACAAGGAUGGUGUAUCAAAAAGUAUUGGAGGGCGAGCCAUUGUGGCAAAACUUUCGGAACCAGCUAAGAUGGUGAUCGAAUUUGAAACAUCGCCGUCAAUCCCUGUUAACUACUGGAUAUUGGAUACCGACUACAAUCGUUACGCUGUCGUUUGGUCUUGUUUCAACAUGGGACCUUUUGGAUUUUUCCAUUCUGAAAAGUUAUGGAUUCUUUCACGAGAAAAAUACCUGACUGUCGAUUUAUUGGGCGCCAUCUAUAAGAAUCUCAGCAAGAAGGGGAUAGAUUGGAGUAGUCUGAGGAAUAUAAAUCAACUAGACUGUGGAAUUUCAAAAGAAAAUGACGUUGCCCCAAAUAUUUAAGAAGUGAAAAUUUUACUGGAACUUCUAAACAUCCAUAAAGAAUGAUUUCUCGGUGGUGAUUUUGAUUGAUCAUAUAUUCAUUUUGUUUUUACAUGCUAAUAAAUAUAUACAAGUUGUAUCUAAACGUAUAUUAGAAGGUGUAGUUGUAAGUGUAGAGCCGUCCGAACUACGAAACCAACGUAAAGUUGUCUAGGAAGCUGAAAAAAGUUCAUAAAAGGCUUUCACAGUUAGUGUUUUUAGAUAAUUUGCUAAGCCUAAUCGGUUUAGCGCUGGACUACAAUCAGACCAAGCUAUAUAAUAAUCACACUACCUAGUGUUUUUACUAAACCUAAUAGGUUUAGUGCUGGACUACAAUUCGGUCAACCUAAUAAAAAAAACCGCUACUUAGUGUUUUUCUAAGCCUAAUCGGUUUAGCGCUGGACUACAGUUAGAUCAAGCUAAAUAACUAAUAGACAGUACUUACUUAGAACUGAAUAUAAACGUUACUGAAGAUUCAGUUCGUAAAUUUGUAUAAAAACAGAUCAACUUGUUGCACUGAAGGACUGUGUAUGAUACAGGAAAUGUGCUAUUGUCUAUAUUCAUCCAAUAAGGUUCGUUUUUUGCACUAAUUAUAAGCUUUUAGCAUGUUUUUUUAAUGAUAAUGCUCCGAAUGUAUCUUUAAUACCGAUUUUCUAACUGUGAAAAAAAAGUAAGGUUAUUUCUUCAAAAUUUAGGUUACAGCCAUGAAAAUAGAGCUAUUCCUUUAACGUGUUUCUCGGUGGCUCAGCAGUAAGUCUGAGGGCUUAUAACGCUAAAAAACGAGUUUCGAUACUUGCAGUAAGCAUAGCACCGAUACCCCAUUGUGCAGCUUUGCGCUUACCAACAAACAAACAAAAUCCUUCAAGGUUCGUCAUUUCCUAGCACAACGUCCCCCGGUAGGUCAGCGGUAAGUUUAUGAACUUAUAACGCUAAAAUCUGAGACAGAGCAUAUAGCCAAAACAUACAAUCCUAACACGGCUAACUUACAACUUCAUGUGUAUAAUUUCUUGGUUAUGGUGACUCUUGAUUUACUGUAAAAAAUCGUUUUUUUUUGUUUGUUUUUUUACAGAAUAAAUUGCACAUGAAUAAA